AUGCUUACCGUGUUUUAUAUAGUGGUAGUUCUGAUUCGACUCGAACUUUUCUUUUCAUUCAGGCUCACCGAUCCAAUCCCUACGACUGAGACAUCCAUAGCACCACGGCAGCGUCCCAAGGCUGGCCAAGCUCAACCAAUCGCAGGCAUCCUGCCCAUUCAACCAGCCCUCACCCCUCGUAAAAGAGCCAAUGCACCUGCAGCACCCGGCCAGCCAAUCAGUGUUAACAGUGCUUCCCAGCCUGUUUCCCAAUCACAGGUUCCUGUCGCUCAGCAACAAGCCACGCCCACUCCAAUGCAGGCCACUCCCUCUCCACCCCAGACCACUCCCCAACAUGCACAACUUUUUGUGCAGCAGCAAAACACAGCCUUCUUUACUGCUCCACAACAGUCUGUUGGCGGAAGUCGUGGGGUGCAUAAAGUCGGCUCCUUGACUCCACCCUCUUCUCCCAAGACCGCCCCAAAAGGAGGCCACAGGCGAAUUCUGAGCGAUGUCACACACAGCACCAUAUUUGGAGUUCCUGUGAGCAAGUCCACUCAACUGCUUCAAGCUGCUGCUGCGGAGGCCAGCCUCAACAAGUCCAAGUCAGCUAGCACCACUCCCUCUGGUUCUCCAUGUUCAUCACAGCAGAGUGUUUAUCAGUCAGGGGAGGCUUCGGGACCCUCGGCUGGAGCCACAGCAUCCUGGAACCCCUUUGGCGAUGACAAUUUCUCUAAACUCACAGCGGAAGAGCUGCUCAACAAGGAUUUUGCCAAACUGGAUGCUAAGACAGCCGAGAGAUCCUGCCCUGAAAAUCUGAUUUCUGGGUUGCAGUCUGUGUCUUCAAAUAAAGGCUUUCUCCAGGGAGCAGUAGAGAAGUUGAUAGAGGGUUUGAAGUCUCCAGAGCCCUCUUCCUCCCUGAUUCUCCCUGACCUUCCCUUGAAUGACCCCUUCAGCCCUGCAGACUGUAGUCAUGCUGGGAUGGAUUCUCUGAUUCCUGGUCUGAAUCCACUACAGACUGAUCCUGGGUCAGCUGCACUACCAGAAUCUUUGGUUGGACAGGAUUCUCUUUUGGAUGGGCCGCUUCUCUCCCACCCCUCCUCUGGGGGUCUAAUAUUGGCCUCAUCCCCCUCAUCUCUCCCUACACCAUCUAUGGACCAGUUUACUACUACUGCUUUGAGUAGUGGACAGUUCCACCAGGCCUCUGAUCCAGCUCUCCAGGCUCUCUCAGGCUUCCAGUCCUCUGAGACUGGGGACCAAAGCUCCAAUAACCAGUUUGACCCAAUUCCAGUGCUUAUCUCCAAAAGCUCCAGCCAAGGUGGUCACUCGCGCAGCAGCAGUGGCAGUUCUGAGACCAGUCUGCCCUCGCUGGCACGCUCCCUUCUGCUGGUGGACCAACUCAUCGACUUGUAGAGGAAACAGAGAGAGGCAGAUGAAUAGAGAGACAGGGAGAGGGCAGCGUGCAAUUCUUACAAAUACAGCGAGAGCUUAAAAACCUCACUCUGAAGUAGUCUCAUAAACCCUGUCCAUCCUUGCACACAUUUCCCUUUGACAUUCUUUUCACAUUUGCUGUAUGUCUCUCUUCUGCUGAUCCAUAAACAUUCUCAUCACUCUAUCAUUGAUUUAUGCUUCAGCAUGUCAAAACAUGGCAACCAGUGAUUAUGUCAACAAACCACUGUACUCAAAACGCUGAUAGCUACCUUAAAAUUCCUGUGCCAUUAAAACAGAAAUGGAGCCUAGCUAGAAGUGUUAGUGUUCACAUACUUGUAUGUGUUGGUCCUUAAAGUGUAAAUGUUCCCACCCACAGGGGAAGUCGUGGCCUAGUGGUUAGAGAGUUUGUCUCCUAACCCUAAGGUUGUGGGUUUGAGUCUCGGGCCGGCAAUACCACGACUGAGGUGCCCUUGAGCAAGGCACCGAACCCCCAACUGCUC